CCUCAGUCCUCAUCCGGUUCUGACUGCUCCGGUAUUACGUCUCGUCGAUCUAGGAACGGCAGACACCAUGUACUCCGGAAAGGUGGUCAUCCUGCUCGCCGUGCUGGCGGCCUGCUGCUCGCUCAGCUCGGCGAACCUCCACUUGGAGAAGGUGGACAAGUACAUGCACUGUAAGACGUGCGAUAAGUACGCCCUCAUCAUGGACGGCUGGGUCUUCUCCAUGUACAACCUGCUCGUCGGCGUGGGCGUGAAGGUGCCGCAGGCGCUCAGCUACUCCCUGCACCUCGCCUUCUUCCUGGUCGCUGUGCUCAAUCGUCUCUUGAAGGUUGACAUCCGUUUGCUCUGGAGCGGUAUCAGCAACAUGAUAAAGGAGGUGAUAGCCGACGAGUACCUGAGAGCUGUCCUGAAAGAAGUCGGCUUGAAACUGAUCACCGUCAUUGAGUGCGUUUUGUCGAAGAUGCAUAUCGCGCUGAACUGGUAAUCCGCACGUCUGCUUCACUCUGAAGAAAAAGGAAAGUAGAACCAUGAACACCAUGUCCAAAUAUAUGAAACAUGUCAAUUCAAUAAAUUAAAAUUUGAUUCCAGCAUAUUCCGCACCCUUACAUUAUUUUUCUUUA